AUGGAUGCUAUUUCAGAUAAUGUAUUCAAUGAUCUUGACACCGUGGAGACUGUGUCUGAUGACCCAUCGCUUCUUACGGUAAUUUUAGACAUUUCUCCGGGAUCCUGGUUCCAACUCCGAGAUCAGAUAUCAAUAGUUGAAGUGACUAAAUCAUUACUAGUAUUUCUUAAUGCCCAUUUAUCGUUAAACAAUUCCAACCAAGUGGCAUUCAUUGUUAGUUCACCCGUCGGAUCCAAGUUUCUUUAUCCAAGUCCAGUUCACGGAACCGAGGAACAAAGGAAUAAACCUACGUUGAUUACCAUGAACAUGUAUAGACAAUUUCGAGUGGUUGAUGAAGCCGUAUUACAAGAUUUAAAUACUGAAUUGGAACAGAUAAGGAAUAAUAAGAAAAGUUAUUCUGCCGUAUCAACAUUGGCAGGAGCUUUAAGUAUGGCUUUAACUUAUACUCAUCGUAUGCUUACUUUGGACCAAUCGAUUCGAACCACAACCCAAUCAGCAAUAAAUAAUACCACUAAUAGUCAGCAUCAUCAUAAUAGUGGAGGCACAGGAAAUUCGAAUGGGUCCGGUCAUUCGAGUCAAUUAUCAUCUACCAACGUUAAAUCUAGAAUUCUUGUGGUAUCUGCUGAUGAUACUGAUGAUCUUAAAUAUAUACCAAUAAUGAAUUCCAUCUUUGCUGCUCAAAAGAUUAAAACUAGCAUAGAUGUGGCUAAAUUAGGAGCAAAGAAUUCUUCUUAUUUACAACAAGCAUCAGAUGCCACCAAUGGAGUUUAUCUAAAGAUAGAAGACCCAAAGGGGUUAAUACAAGUGUUAAGUAGUGCAUUUUUCAUUGAACCUUCAGUGAGACCAUUAUUCAUUCUUCCAACCAACUCAAACGUUAAUUAUAGAGCUUCUUGUUUUGUUACGGGAAAAUCUGUUGAUUUAGGUUAUGUUUGUUCGAUAUGUCUAUGUAUUAUGAGUUUAAUACCAACCGAUGGGAAAUGUCCUACGUGCGACUCGAACUUCGAUGCUAGAAUCAUUGCCCAACUAAAACGUGCUCCUGCCGUUGUACCAAAGAAGAGACGUAAAGUUGUUAGUACGGCGCCUCCAAUCACUCCAUAA